AUGCCGCCCAAAAUACUCGACCCUGCAAGCUCGCAGGUUGAUGAUAGCAUUGCGAGCAUUGAAGUUACAACAAAUCAGCCAAGAACUGAUGAGCAGGAUCGUGGAGCCGGAUCUACCACAAUCGAGCCGUUCGACUGGGUCGAAGACCCGGCCCUCGCGAGUGAAGCAGAAAAUCAGUACCCUACUGGCGCCAAGUUUUGGUUUAUAACACUCUCGGUUGCUCUCCUUCUGCUAGUCGGCGGCAUGGACGCCUCGAUCAUCGCCACUGCCGUACCUUCCAUUAUUGAUCAUUUCCGUACCGUGGCUGAUAUUGGAUGGAUCUUCUCGGUCAAAAUCAUGCUCAUGGUAUCCACCUGCAUCUUCAUGCUCGGCACGAUCCUUUGCGCCUCCGCUACAUCGUCGAAGAUUGUGGUUCUCGGACGUGCGGUCACAGGACCAGCUACGUCGAGCCAGAUAGCUGGAGCUUUCACACUUUUGCAGAUCGGUCUACCGCUCAGGUUGAGGCCAGUGUAUGCAGGAGCCGGUGGCGCGGUCGAGACAGUAGCUGUCAUUGCGGCGCCGGUCCUUGGUGGCGUACUUACGCAGAAGUUAUCGUGGCGAUGGUGCUUCUGGAUCUCCCUACCGCCCAGCUUUCUCACCCUGCUCUUUCUGACUUUCUUCUUCUCGGAUCCCAGAAAGUCGACAUCCGCGACAAUGGCCUGGCGAGAAAUCAUUACCGAACUGGAUCUGUUCGGCACGCUCUGCUUUGUUCCAGGCAUGACGUGCCUCUUCCUAGCGUUGACCUGGGCUGGAAGCAAAUAUGCUUUUGACAGCGCCGUUGUCCUGUGCUUGUAUGGUGCUUUUGCAGUCCUCCUGGUCGCCUUUGUAUGGGACCAGCAUAGGAAGGGCGAGAAAGCCACAUUGCCUCCCCGAAUAUUCAAACAACGGAGCAUCCUCGCAGGCUUUAUCUUCUCACUUGGUUGCGGCUCCAGCCUAAUGGUAUUCGAGUGGGUGAGUAAAGCCAAUACGGUUAAUGGCGUAGUAUGGUGCCCUGAUCUCAUCCAGUAUCUGCCAACUUACUACCAAGUCAUCAGGGGCUACACGCCUGGCAAGAGCGGCUAUCUAAUGCUACCGACAGUAGGGGGCUUCUUGGUUGGCAUGGUCUUGCACGGCAGCCUCACGAGCAUUACCGGGUACUUCUCGCCAUGGAUGCUGCUCGGCUCUACGCUGUUACCGCUCGCUGCUGGACUGUUGACAACAUGGACGCUGGAGUCGAACCUUACAAAGCUAGUCGCAUAUCCAGCACUGAUCGGCUUCGCGGCAGGCAUCGGUUUCCAAGGCCCACAGAGUGCAGCGCAGACCGUGCUGUCAGAUGCUGAUGGUCCACUGGGAUUGGCAGUCAUCCUUUUCGCGCAGCACUUUGGUUCUGCGUUGUUUGGCUCCAUUGCUCAGACCAUCUUCACCAACAGAUUAGCAGCCAACUUACACGAUCUCGUGCCUGGACUGAACGCGAGUAGUGUCGCUAGUAUGGGCUUCAGUGAGAUACGUGGUGCAGUCGCGGCGAGCAGAUUACAAGAAGUUCUGCUAGGUCUCGAUCGUUCACUUAUCCAGACUUGGUAUCUCGGAGUAGGUCUGGCAUGUAUGACCAUGCUUGGGAGUAUAUCGAUGGAGUGGGUAAGCGUGAAGCAUAAGAAGAACUAA